GUACAGACACCUACCACCUACCGUGGUUCAUGUAUCACCACUCUAUUCCAACCUUCUCUAUUUAAGAGUUUGCAGCCAUUGUAUGACACCAUAGGAAGAAAACACUCAAUACAUCGAAAGAAAACCAUUCCAUACUAAGAAAGAACACGAACCAUGGGCUGGAGAGGAAUAUUGGGAUUUGAACAUGGCAUAGUUCAAGCACCAUUAGGCCCUGAUAUCUCAGGUCCUCACCUUGUUGCUGCGGUUGCCAAUACUGGCGGCCUUGGACUCCUCAGAGCCCCUGACUGGGACUCACCAGAUUACAUGAGGGAGCUUAUAAAGAAAACUAGAACCUUAACUGAUAAACCGUUUGGGGUUGGUUUGAUUCUGGCGUUUCCUUAUGAGGAAAACUUGAAAAUAAUUCUGGAUGAAAAAGUAGCUGUCUUGCAAAUUUACUGGGGUGAUUGUACAAGGGAAUUGGUAGCUAAGGCUCAUGCUGCUGGGGUCAAAGUUAUUCCUCAAGUUGGGAGUGUCAAGAGUGCAAAACAGGCAAUUGAUGCAGGUGUUGAUGGAAUUAUUGUACAAGGACGUGAGGCUGGGGGUCAUGUCAUUGGCCAGGAAGGUUUAGUUUCAUUGGUGCCGAGGGUGGUUGAUCUUGUUGGUGACAGAGAGAUACCUGUUAUUGCAGCAGGAGGAAUAGUUGAUGCCAGAGGUUAUGUUGCUGCUUUAGCACUUGGUGCUCAAGGUGUUUGCCAAGGAACUAGGUUUGUUGCAACUGAGGAAAGCUUUGCUCAUCCUACAUAUAAGAGGAAGAUAAUUGAAAUUGAUGAAACCGAGUACACUGAUGUUGGCAGGGCAAGGUGGUCUGCACCACAUCGUGUACUACAAACACCUUUCUUCAAGGAUUGGAGGUAUCUUCCACCACAUGAAAGUGAAGCCAACCAACCUGUCAUUGCUCAUUCAACAAUUCAUGGCGUGGAGAAAGAGAUAAGGCGUUUUGCUGGUACAGUCCCGAACAAGACAACAACAGAAGGUGUUGAGAGCAUGGUGAUGUAUGCUGGACAAGGUGUUGGUCUCAUCAAGGAAAUUAUGUCUGCUGGUCAAGUGAUAAGAGGGUUAGUUGAAGGGGCUAAGCUUAUAAUGCAGCAAAACUUGUCAAACAUCAAUUGAGAGGAAACUUGCAUGCACUUGCUUGGUCAAUUUGAUUCUCGAAUUUGCCAGUACUGCAAUUAUGGAGAGCAGAGUGGAAAGAAAUUGAAGCUAUUAUCAUUUGUAUUAUAUAUGUAUGUUUAUGGUAUGACUCUUUUCUUUUGUAAGAAACUUGAUUAUACUUAAGGAAUAUAUAUUUUACUGUGACUCAACAAAA